UAAAAUGUUUAUUUUUCAGCAUAAACCUUAACAUGCCAAAAAUAACUGAUGACAACUAUAGAAUAUUCAUUGCAAAAAUAAACAACAAACCACUUUCGGCUUCGGUGUUUCUGCAGGCGUAUCAGUUUUCGGUUAUUCUUUCUGAAUACAUGAAACUUUACGAUUACACUCUUGGCUACCACGUGAUAGUUGAUUUGAAAGAUACCAAUAUUUUGGAUGUGGUCAGUAAGAUCGACUUAGUGGACCUCCGCAAUAUUAUGGCGUUAUACACUGAUGGCUACGGUUUCAGAAUUAAAAAUAUACACGUUUUAUCUACUUCAUCCAUGGUGGGAGCUUUCGUCGAUAUUUUAAAACAGAUCCUCACCGCUAAACUCGGUCAAAGGAUCUAUGUUUGUAAGACAGUAGAAGCUUUGCACGAACGCCUACCUAAACAUUUGCUGCCCGAAGAUUAUGGAGGAGAACAGAAGUCUAUUUCCAUACUUUAUGAUCAAUGGUUAGAAGAACUGACGUUAGACAAGCAUGUGGCGUACAUGAAAGAAAUUAGAGGAGCAUGCACCAAUGAAACGUUGAGACGUCCAGACAAAUUUAACGAUGACUGUCUUGGGAUGCCCGGCUCCUUCAAGAUGCUGCAUGUUGAUUAGACUGGGUCCGAUUACUUUGAAAUUAUCGAAGAAAAUGAAAUCUGAACUAUCU